AAUAUCAAUUCGCUAAACAUACAAGAAAAUUACUUGUAUCAAUAUAAAAUUCAAUUGAACAAACAUGGACAAGAAUGCUCAAGAAGAACAAACAAAUUUAGAAGACGAAAAACAAUUUUUGAUUUCUGUGGAAGACACCCUAAGCACAGUAGAAAAAAAUAUCCAUAAAUUUAUAAAAGAUGUUCCGCAAACGCUCGUUAAUUCUGGAUUAGAUAUAGACUUAGAUAAAUUAAACAUAGAUGAUGGUCAAAAAGAUCUUGUUUCUUUAUUUCCGAAAUCAUUAACCGAUGAAAUAAAUAAAGAAGAAAAAGAAAAAAUUUCAGUUUUAGAGCUCAAAUGUGAACAGUUACAUAGCCAAUUGCAACAACAAAUAGAUAAAAACAAAAAGGCUCAAGAAGAAAUAGAAUAUUUAAGAGAACAAAUAUUGAAUCAAAGUACAUACUGUGCAACUUUAGGGGCAGUUUUGGGUAAUUUAACAUGGCGCGCAUCUCGACUUCCAGAAAUUGUCGAUGUUUGGCUUUCUGGGUUUCAGCAUAUGAUCGGUGAAUUUUUAUCGAUAACGGACGGAAGUUUCGUUGCAUUUAUAAACACUUAUCAAAACGCUUUUCCCCCUACUUGUAAUGUCGAAUAUCAGUUUAUAAUUGGAUUGUUAGGCAUCGUGACUAACAUAUCUGCAACACCUGAGGGACGUGAAUUUUUAAUCACUGAUCCGAAUGGUAGAGCUUUAGUACAAAAAAUGGUGAAACUUAUGCCCACUUUGCCACUUUCGCAAGGUUCUCUAUCUCUGAAAAGAUUGAUGUUGAUGAUAUUCUAUAACGUCAGUAUGAAUAAAACCGGCUUACAGCAUCUCUUCGAAUCACGAGUAGGCGACGUGUUAAAUUGUUACUUGAAAAACAAUUCAUUACCAGAUGAAACACAGUUUCUAUGUCUGCGCGUGUUACAAUCAAUGACAUAUGGCCUGACUAAUCCCAAAUACAUUCAAGACUUGAUUACUACUCUACCGAUUAGUAAAAUAGAAGAUAUUGCAACUUCGAAUAAAAAUGAAAUGAGUACAGUUGCGAAACAAGUGAUAAAACAGUUGCGGGAUUCGCAGAAAUUUAUCCGUUUGACUUAAACGCGUGACUAUCUCGAUUUUCUUUCUUACUGGAUAAACUGAAUUGAAAUUUGUUUAUAAGAAAGGAAUUUUGUUCAUGUUGCUAAUCUUCUAGAUUAACAGGAAUUAAAAUAUUCGAAUGAAGUUCGGUUUGCGUUUUCGCUACAAAGUAUAAACGUCUAUUUUUGCAAUUGAUAUCAAACAUCAGAAUAUCUUUGGAAUAUAUUCGUGACUAGUUUGAGAACUGUCGAAUAUCGAUCUGCCUUAUGCAGCUACAAAAUAAAAGCAAUUGUGUGGAAUAAUACGGAAUAAUACGGAAUAGUACGAAAUCAAUUACGCAUACGAUUGAAUAAAACAUAAUCGAGCGUAAAAAUAUUUUCUAAGCAAUUAAAUCAAUUCUUCCAAAACUUUUUAAUAUUUUAAUUUUAAGUUUAAAUAACUUUUAAUAAUUUAUUUAUUUUAUAUCUUAACGUAAAGUAUUUUUCCUUUUUAAUUAAAGAUUUGAAGGAAUUAUAAUAUGUUUCAUUUAACAUACAUAAUUGAUAUAUAAACUACAUCAAUAUGCACUGCAAAUGCAUAACAAACAUACUCGUUUUCAUUGAACAUCGGCGACCUUCAACUUCGAAGGUUGCGACAAUACUGCAGUAUCUUAUUUCUGAAUUGCAAAGCCAACAAAACAUACGAGUGCAUUUUGCAGUUGCAAACAGUCUCUCUGUACUAAUAAAUAGCAUAAUUAUAUUAUCUUAAAUUGUAAUUACAGUCUAGCUAUUUUUCUGUAUUUUUCUACUCUGCCAUAUGUGGCAAAAUUGAUACAUAUAGCAAGUGUUUGUAGCAAGCUAUAUGUUUGUAAAUAAAUUAUAGCAAACAUUAAAAUAAAAAUCUAAUUUGAUUAAGGGAAAAAUUAAAAUAUUUUUAUCCUUUUUAUGAAUCAUUAUAAUGAAAAGCUCGGUAUGAUUCAUAAUUCACAACAGUGAAAGUUAUGUUCAUUGAUCCUCGCGAGGAAUGAAAAAACCGCGACAUUAACAGAAAUAGUAACUCUGAGAAAUCUGUAUGUUUCGUUGUUCCGCAUAAAGAGAUAGCAAUCUCGAAGGAACAGGAGGAAGGAUUGAGACGAAAGAGUUACAUAUAGUGCAUGCAAUACCGACUAUCGCGUCGAUAAUCAUGCUGCGCAAGCUCGUGGGGAGAGACCGUGUGGGGGCGUGCGCGACAAGAAAUCGCGCUUGCGUCCAAUGGAUACAUUCGGCGCGUUCAGCGGUCGCGGUGUGAAGAGUAGGGGGGGGACGCGUCGCGACGUCCAGCGUCGCGUAAACGGGAGAUCACGGCAGGCAGGCAGGCAGGACCUAGGAAAGGCGACGGCCGGGCGGUCGUUUUAUUGAUCCCGGGGCGCCGCGGCGCUACCCACCCGCGGCGGGAUCGUCUGCAAGAAAAUUCUUUUCAACAAGAUUUUCACGUUAUCUGGUUGCAUCGUAAAUAUACUCACUCGAACGGCUACGACAACGGUGAUAGCAUCAUUAUUAAUUUUUUCUUACUGUAUCACACUGGAACGUGAACGAUUAAAAAAGAAACAGGUCGGGGAGGCGGCACGUAAUAGAUUCCUGAAAAGGUGGAUCGAAAUUCCGUGGACUAGGUCGUGCGCGGGGUGUAAGCGACGUCCUCGUUGUUAUUGAGGGUUCUAAUAAUCUGAAAUUGGUGCCGGUGGUGGCAGUCGUGUCGCGAUUUCACCGAAUUCGUCGUAACGAGAAUACCGGAAAAAGAAACCGACGUAUCAUCGACGUUCUAGCACCAAAGGAGCAAUUUAUUAUCCUUUGACAAAUGUUCAACUUUUAAGAAAAUCUGUUUCUUUCAUCUUCAAGUAUCACAGUGUAUCGUAACAUCGAGGAAGUGAAAGAAAAAGAAGUUUGAGAAAAGAAAGAAAGGAAAAAAAAACGCACUGAAGAAGCCCGGAAGAAGCUGUCAUCAAGCAGCUACAACUUCCAGGAUUGUUCAUGUAUCGCCAAUGGAAAGCU